AUGGCAAGAAAAUCUUGUCGAACAGUAUAUGGAGAUCAAAGCAUUUAUGAAGAUAAUGAGGAUGAAGUCGAUGACGACACUGAAGAGGAAGUCCUACUCAAUGAUGCGGAUGAUGUAUCAGAUCCGUACGAUGCAGUGUAUGCCAAUAUGCCUGAGGAUACCCAUAUGUUGGAGCCUGUUGAGAACUGCCCAGAAUGCAACCCGAAGAAGUUUGAGUUCGAGCCCCCCGGAUUCUGCUGCCGUAGUGGGAAGAUUAAGCUAUCCACACCUGAUACACCACCCGAGCUCAUGAGGCUGUGGUCAAGUUCAGAUGCUGAUGCUAGGCACUUUCGUGCGAAUAUCAGAUUUUUCAAUGGGCAUUUCUCAUUCACUUCACUGUCGUUUGGUAAAGAAGAUGGUAAGGAACCUAGACACCUGGAACUUUACUUCUAUGAUGACGACCCGAGCCUUGAGUAUCGUUUCCAGAAGUGCCGGCAGAAGUGCAUAGAGAUGGACAAGGAGGUGAUUCGGAAGUUGGUCGACAUCAUGAGUGGCAUUCCGUACUCUGAACAUCUCAGGAGUUUCGGGCAGAAUGAAAAUCUUGAUGACUAUCACAUGGAAUUGAACCUUGAUCAGCGAGGUGAACUGGGGUGGCACUUCAUGAUUCCAAAGGCAGGUGUUACUAUGGAAGAAGUGAAUGACGCUCAUGAGAUACGCAGACAACGUGGGCAGGGUAAUGGUGAUGAUGAUCUAGGAAUAUUUAACCCAAUAUUGCAUGGCAAGCGUCUUUUUCAGCAGUUUGCUGUGGACACAUACGUCAAGAUCGAGAGCUCUCGUUUAGAUUACUUCCAUAAUAACCAGGAUCAGAUAAAGGCUGAUCUAUACCAAGGUCUUGUUGACAGUCUUCAUGCUGGCGAGGGUCGAGCAGAUGCAGUUGGCAAGAGUACUGUGCUGGGUACGUCAUUCAUCGGAGGGCCUCGGGAUAUGAGGCGGCGGUACAUGGAUGCUAUGGCAUUGGUGCGAAAGUAUGGUAGACCUGAUAUAUUUCUCACGAUGACCUGCAAUCCUGAUUGGGAUGAGAUUAGGAGUUCACUUUACCCGGGCCAGACACCACAGGAUCGUCCAGAUCUCGUUGCCCGGGUCUUCAGGGCAAAACUUGAGGAGUUGAAGAAAAGUUUGCUCGAAGAUCACAUCCUUGGAGAGGUCCAGACCUAUGUAUAUGUCAUUGAAUUCCAGAAGAGGGGAUUGCCGCAUGCCCAUUGGUUGCUUAUAAUGCGCAACAAGUUCAAACUCAUGUGUCCCGAGCAGUAUGACCUUCUUAUAUCAGCUGAGCUACCGAAUAAGAAGAAGUACCCGGAGCUGUACAAGAUGGUCACCAAGCAUAUGAUGCAUGGGUCGUGCGGUUUGCUAAAUAUGAAUUGCCCAUGCACGAAGGGUCGUGGUUCAUGCAAGAACUACUACCCGCGCCCUUUCUGUGAGGCCACCUCGCAAGGCAAGAAUUCUUAUCCCGUUUAUAGGCGAAGUGAUGAUGGGCGUAAGGAAAAAAUCCGGGGCCAUGAGCUGGACAAUCAAUGGGUCGUCCCUUACAACCCUUACCUACUGCGGUUGUUCAACUACCACAUCAAUGUUGAGGCAUGCGGGAGCAUUAAGUCUAUAAAAUAUUUGUUCAAAUACAUAUACAAGGGGCGUGACCAAGCGUCCGUGGCUGUGAGAGAAUCUGACAAGGAGGACGAAAAGGGAAACAUCGACGAGAUCAAGCAAUACAAAGACGCCAGGUGGGUUACACCUCCAGAGGCGCUGUGGAGGAUAUACGGAUUUGACUUGAGUAAGGUCCAUCCGCUCGUGAAGCAGCUGCAGCUUCAUCUUCCUGACAUGCACAUGGUCUCAUUCCAUCAACGCCAGAAGAUCAAAGAUGUGGUUAACCGUCCAGGGGUCGAACAGUCAAUGCUGACGGCGUACCUCGAGGCAAAUAUGUUACACGAGAAAGCUCGUGGAAUCCUGUACCGUGACUUCCCAGAGCAUUUUACUUGA